GAACAAGUGACUGCAGCCAUAGCUCUAGCUAUGGAGCAGCAGACCCAAAAACUGUUGCUUGAAACUCAGUUGGACAUCACAGAGUUUGACAGCCUGCUGCAACCCAUAAUAGAUACCUGCACCAAAGACGCCAUAUCUGCUGGUAAGAACUGGAUGUUCAACAACGCCAAGACUCCACAGCACUGUGAACUGAUGACAUCACAUCUUCGCAACCGCAUCACUCUUGAUGGGGCACAUUUUGAGCUCCGCCUACAUCUUAUCUAUUUAACCAAUGACGUCCUCCAUCACUGCCAGCGGAAGCAGCAGAAGGAUUUGUUGGCAGCGCUGCAGAAAGUUGUAGUUCCCAUCUACUGCACCAGCUUUCUGGCUGUAGAGGAAGAGAAGCAGCAGAAGAUCACCAGGGUAAACACCAGGCAGCAUUUUGUGUCCAUUUUCAGCAUCCUUAACUCCUUACAGAUUGCAGGG